AUUUCCAUAGCUCUCAUCUCACAUCUCAUACUCCAACUGCUCUCUAUGGCAUUGGACCAGCUGAGAACUGUAGGGUCAAGCCCCAAGGGUCUCCCGACUGUGCUGAGCUCCCCUGGGGUUAAGGGAAAGAAAGUCUCAACCCUUGGGAAGAACUCAAAAGAAGGUGUCAUUGACCUUAUUCAAUCCAUCAUCAAUGGGAAAGAUGAUGCUAAAAAAGACCCCUUCUAUGUAUUGGACUUAGGGGUAGUGGUGGGCCUCAUGGACAAAUGGGCCAUUUCACUACCCAAUGUUCGACCUUUCUAUGCCGUUAAGUGCAAUCCAGAGCCUGCUUUGUUAAGCGCACUCGCCGCACUUGGUGCAGGCUUCGAUUGCGCAAGCCGGGCUGAGAUUGAUGCCGUACUAGGUAUUGGCGUCUCUGCCGAUCGAAUUGUCUAUGCCAACCCCUGCAAGGCAGAGGCCCAGAUCAAGUACGCCGCCAACAUUGGUGUAAAUCUUACUACCUUUGAUUCAAAGGAUGAGAUUGAAAAGAUAUGCAAGUGGCACCCACGAUGUGCACUCUUGCUCCGCUUCAAGGCACCUGAUGAUGGUGGCGCUCGCUGUCCAUUGGGACCUAAGUACGGCGCAUUACCGGAAGAAAUCAACCCACUCCUCCAAGCUGCCCAGCAAGCUCGACUCACUGUCGCUGGUGUGUCAUUCCAUGUGGGGAGCGGUGCAACACAUGCACGCGCCUAUCAAGGAGCUAUAGCAGCUGCUAAAGCGGUGUUCGACGCAGCAUCCCGGCUCGGAAUGCCACGCAUGCGUAUUCUCAAUAUUGGAGGCGGCUUCACAGCAGGCCCAUCGUUUGCUGAGGCUGCAGCAGCCAUCAAAGCUGCACUCCAGACAUACUUCCCUAACGAAACUGGCUUAACACUGAUGGCAGAGCCAGGACGGUUCUUUGCUGAGUCUGCAUUCACACUGGCAACCAACAUCAUUGGGAAGCGUGUGCGUGGUGAGCUGAGGGAGUAUUGGAUCAAUGAUGGGAUCUACGGGUCCAUGAACUGCAUACUCUACGAUCAUGCGACAGUAUUGGCACUGCCUUUAGCAUGUGUUUCAAACCCUUCCAAUCCCGCAUGCCGAGGGAUGAGAGCCUACACAUCAACUGUAUUCGGGCCCACAUGUGAUGCGCUUGAUACGGUGCUGAACGGCUAUCAACUGCCAGAACUUCAGGUGAACGACUGGCUUGUGUUCCUUAACAUGGGUGCGUACACGGCCUCAGCUGGAUCCAAUUUCAAUGGGUUUUCCACCUCGGCUAUAUGCACCCACCUUGCCUGCUCUAAUCCAUCCUAAUAAAUUCACUUUAAAAAAAAAAACUAUGUAUUUCCCUCAGAUGACGUUAGACUAGUUAUCUAUGUGGGAUCAUUCACGUAGCUUUUUAAGAAUUACUGGCUUUUGCCUCUUGAAAGGAAGUUCCUGUGAAAAGGAUUUCCAUAUUUUCUUAUAUUAAUAAACUUAUUGUAGUAGAAAUUGUGGUGA